AUGUUGUCGGUGCAUGUCGGUGGGGCCGUAGCCCGCGCCCUCCCUUGGCGGGCUGGACUGGUCUCCAAAAAUGCUGUGGGAUCAUCCUUCAUUGCUACAGGGAAUCUCCAUGCCUCUAACACUUGUCUUCAGAAGAUCGGCACUGCCGAGGUGUCCUCUAUUCUUGAAGAGCGAAUUUUUGGAGCUGAUACCUCUGUUGACCUUAAAGAGACUGGGCGUGUCUUAAGUAUUGGUGAUGGUAUUGCCCGAGUACAUGGGCUGAGGAAUGUUCAAGCUGAAGAAAUGGUAGAGUUUUCUUCAGGCUUAAAGACUGGCAAAACAUCAAUUGCUAUUGGCACAAUCAUUAACCAGAAACGUUUCAGUGAUGGAACUGAUGAAAAGAAGAAGCUGUACUGUAUCUAUGUUGCUAUUGGUCAGAAGAGAUCCACUGUUGCCCAGUUGGGGAAGAGACUUACAGAUGCAGAUGCCAUGAAGUACACCAUUGUGGUUUCAGCUACCGCUUCUGAUACUGCCCCACUUCAGUACCUGGCUCCUUCUGGCUGUUCCAUGGGAGAAUAUUUCAGGGAUAAUUGCGAACAUGCUUUGAUCAUCUAUGAUGACUUAUCCAAACAGGCUGUUGCUUAUCGUCAGGUGUCUUUGCUGCUGCACGGACCACCUGGUGAUGUGUUCUACCUACACUCCCGUCUGCUAGAGAGAGCAGCCAAAGUGAACCAUUCUUUUGGUGGUGGCUCCUCGACUGCUUUACCAAUCAUAGAAACACAAGCUGGUGAUGUGUCUGCUUACAUUCCAAUGAAUAUCACUUCCAUCACUGACGGACAGAUCUUCUUGGAAACAGAAUUGUUCCACAAAGGUAUUCGCCCUGCCAUCAACAUUGGUUUGUCUGUGUCCCGUGUUGGAUCUGGCCAAACCAGGGCCAUGAAGCUGGUGGCAGGUCCCGUGAAGCUGGAAUUGGCUCAGUAUCAUGAGGUUGCUGCUUUUGCUCAGUUCGGUUCUGAUCUUGAUGCUGCCACUCAACUAUUGAGUCGUGGUGUACGUCUGACUGAAAUGCUGAAGCAAGGACAGUAUUCUCCCGUGGCUAUUGAAGAGCAAGUGGCUGUUAUUUAUGCCCGUGUAAGAGCGUAUCUUGAUAAACUGGAGCCGAGGAAGAUCACAAAGUUUGAGAGGGCUUUCUUGUCUCAUGUUAUCAGCCAACACCAAACCCUGUUGGGCUAUAUCAGGACUGACGGAAAGAUCUCAGAACAGUCAGAUGCAAAGCUGAAAAAAAAAUUGUAACUAACUUCUUGGCU